AUGCUCACGCAUCUCUCAUCCAAUGCAAACGAACUCUACGUCGAAACCCUAUCCAGAUUCAGUAAGGCUGCCAAAAGUACGGUCAGGCAGCUAGACAACAACCCGCAAUGGGCGACAAACUUUUGCAUCGCGUCAUUCCUCAUCAAUAUUGGCCGAAUCAAUACUACCGUGGCGUUCUAUCCCGAGCUCAGGGCCUACAUGAGGACUUACCAUCCUGUCCCGUGUCUCCAGAAGGAUGAAUACUGCCAAACAAAUCUACAAGAUGCCCCAAGGAUCAAGACCAUGCUGAAAUCCUGCCAACUACCUUCCGAGUUCAACAACAAACCCAAAUCAUUACCAGAUAUUGCAAAGAGAAGCGCCCUUGGGUAUAGACCUCCAACAACUGUUGUCAAUCUGAUUUUUGAACUAUUUGGCGUUGAACCUUAUGUUAGCAUGAAGUAUUUUCCCGAGGGCUUUGUGCUGCACGACCUCUUCUCACCCAACACGAUCCCGACGAAACUAAGGGCAUACGCAUUCCUUUGGCUAAUGCAUCAUUUCCUGGAAGACCCCUCGGCAAUAACCAAUUUCCAACACGAGUCAAAGAUCGAGGCGUUCCAGAUUGCCCGACUGGAAGAUAUCCAGCCCGACUCGUCCCUUGGCGAUAGCCCUGAAAACGUGGACACCCCAGAAGAGAUCAAGUGGGGCAAAGAUAUGCAAAACUAUCGGAGGGAGUUCUUGAAGAAGUGGAGGGGCACAUAG